AUGCAUGGCUCACCAAGAAGUCUCGUGUUUGCUCUUUACUAUCACAUACUUGCAGCUGUUGGCAUUCCAGCUAAUCUUGCAGUGAUUGUAAUCCUGUCUCAAAGAAGAUGUGGUCUCUCCACAUGUAUCAUCUAUUACCUGGUGUCUAUGGCGGUGACAGACCUCUUGGUAAUUCUUACUGCUGUAGUAUUAAACCGGAUCACUGGGAUUUAUUUCCCACUCAGUUUCCUGUCUAUAACUCCAAUAUGCAGUCUUCGUUCUGCCUUGAUUUAUGCUUCCAUAGACAGUUCAGUCUGGUUAACAGUCGUUUUCACCUUUGAUCGAUUUAUGGCUAUAUGUUGCCGGAAAUUAAAAAUAAAAUAUUGCACUGAAAAGACAGCAGCACGGGUUAUUGCAACUGUCUGUUUACUGAGCUGUUUAAAAAAUACAUUUUUGUAUUUCAUAUAUGAACCUUUGUACAUAAUUAACGACAUACCCUGGUUCUGUAGCAUAAAAUUAAUGUUUUAUACGUCAGUUAUGUGGGCCGCAUUUGAAUGGAUCCAUCGCAUUUUUACUCCUUGUCUUCCAUUCAUUCUCAUUUUAUUGCUCAAUGCUCUGACCGUCAGACAUAUUCUAGCAGCCAAUAGUGCGCGCAGAAGACUCCGGAACCAGAACAGCGGACUGAAUCAGAGUGACCCAGAGAUGGAGAGCAGAAGAAAGUCUAUCAUUUUACUUUUCGCCAUUUCAGGCAGUUUCAUCCUGUUAUAUUCAUUAUUUCUUAUAACGUUUCUCUACGUUCGGAUUGCAAGUGUUUCUUACUUCUCUGGUACAAAUUUCGUUGCAUCAAAUUUUAUUUUGGAGGAAAGUGGAUUUAUGCUUCAACUUUUGAGCUCCUGUGUCAACCCAUUUACUUAUGCAGGUACCCAAAGUAAAUUCAGAGGCGAGGUAAAGAAUUUGGUGAAAUAUCCGUUCAGUGUACUUGCUAAAUUGAUUAAAUGA